GCUCAGCGCGGCGAUUUCAAAACACAUUUUGUUUCCAACGAACGAACGAAGCGAGGGCUGCUUUAAUACAAAAUUUAUGUUAUAUUUAGCACAAAAUGCCUCCAAGAAAGAAGAAUAGACAACAAGUUAGUAAAAGGAAGCGUCCAGUUCUUCCUGAUGGCAGUAUCGAUUCGUCGAUGCAGCUCGAAGACAGGCGACAUAAACUGGAUGACUACCUCAACGACUUCGAUAUCCAUGCGGAAGAAAUAAUGAAGAGGAUGCGCAUACAUGGAAAUACAAUGAUCAGCAAAAUCCGUGCCAUAUACAGACAAGAGAUUAUGAAAUACUCUAAUGACACCAGGAAAAUGAAACUAUGUGACUUUUUAGCCCAGGGAGGGGAAGUGAAUAAUGCAGCAAUGAAAGAGGCAUCAAAUAAUUUAACAGAGCUCGCCAAUGCUGUCUUUAAAAAUGCCCCUCAAACAAGUGAGAGACCCCCAUUGACUGAAGCUCAUGGAAAUGCAGAUUUUGCAACACCAGCUCCAGUCACCACAGGAAGGACAACACGGAGCACUGCUAAACGUACUGGCACUGCAGCCAAACGGGCCCCAAGAACAGCAAAGCGAAACCAAACAAAGACAGAAAAUCAGUUUGUUACACCUGCAGCAAGUAGGCUUCCACAGAACUACCAAACGCCAUUUGUCACACCCAAAUUUGACCCCAGGUUGCCAAUUACUCCUGCCUUCCUCCGUGAAGCAAAAGCUGGAGAGAGGAUCAUGAGUUUGAGUGGUUCUCCUCUCGCUAAUCGAAGUGCCCCAGAGACUGUUGAAGCUUUUAUUCCAAUUGGUGAAGGAAAGACUUUUCAGCUGUCGUCGGCAACUGAGUUGAGCCCUCGCUCCUUGCCCACACUAAACGAUGUUGGACGAAAGAAUUUGGAGUUGCUUCAGAUGCAGCUAUCCCGUCUUCUUAAGGUCCCCAAUACUUGAUUGAACUGAUGAAAUAGCAACAUGGAAAAACACUCCCUCAAGUAACACUAGGCUAGCAUAACCCAGAGCUUUUAAUCUACAUCUUCUUUAUACAGCUUAAAGUACAUAGAAACACGUUAACUAUUCCUAAUGAUUGUCUUGUGGGAUUGUUAUUUACGCGUAAAAAAGUUUUUUUUAAAUCUCGCCUAUACUCUAAGAUUUGCAGCUUGAGUACGUAUACACUCUUUCUUUUGUAAAAAUCUUUUUAAUAAGAACUUCAGCCUGGCGUGUCGCCAAAUUCUAAGAAAAUGCUAAGAACAUGGCAAGGCUAAAAUAACAGCAAAGUAAUUUUUUUUCGUUUGACUGAUGGCCUCUUAAAAUGAAGAUUCAAAUUGUGUUUAUUCUAGCGUCUUUUGUUAUUAAUCUUUUGUGUCAUUCUGUUUUUAAUACUUAAGUGUGAUUUAAGGUCACUUAAAUCUAAGAACGUUUUAAGCCUUGCUCCAAAAAUAAGAACGACCGCCUCGACUGAGAAUUAGACAUUCUUAUUCAAAAGAGUGUAUUUAGGUAGAGAGGCGGGCAUCCGCUAUGCAGGUUGCAAGAGGAAAGGAGUUAUUUUAGUAGCUCAAACAAGAUCCCUUAGCGAUUCACGUGCUAUUCGUAUGACGCAAAGUGUCUGGAUUAGAGCGUUGUCUUAUAAAAACAGAAACUUUCCUGAUAAUAGUAAAUCCAGCUUUUUAGAUAGAAUCCGCCCUUGUAAAUAUUGACUCUUUUGUUGAAUAAUUUUGUACUUUUUAAUAUUGA